AUGGGUAUAUAAAGAUAGCAUUUGUUUGCGAACUGAUUACACUUCAUGAUCUAGACUGUUAAAGAUGGCUUCCACUGCACCUACUGAGAUCCGGAAACUCGUUGCUACGCGAGCAAGUACCAAUUUCCGCGAGGUUGUUCAAGUCGUGACUGUGCCAACACCUGAACCAGGGGAUGGGGAAUUGCUCGUCAAAAACAUGUUUCUAGGGAUCAAUGCUUCCGAUAUUAACAAUACGGCUGGAAGAUAUUUUUCGAAUGCGGAAUACCCCAUUGACACGGGAUUUGAGGCAUUGGCUGAAGUGGUGUCGGCUGGUCCAAAUGCUGUGUAUAAGCCUGGGCAGGCACUCAUUUAUCUUCAGUCUGGGGCAUUCUGCGACUACAAGAUAGUAAAGGCUGCUACCGUCGUUCCUCUGCCUGCGCCAAAACCCGAGUUUUUGCCCUUCAUUCUCAGUGGAAAUACCGCUGCCAUAUCUUUAGACAAGGUUGGUGAGAUUAAAUCCGGUGAGACGGUCCUGGUGACAGCUGCCGCGGGCGGCACGGGACAGAUUGCAGUCCAGUGGGCGAAACUGGCUGGGUGUCACGUGAUUGGAACGUGCUCAUCCGACGAGAAAGUACAAUUCCUUAAGGAAUUGGGAUGUGACAGACCUGUUAAUUACACCAGAGAAAACCUGAAAGAUGUCUUGACAAAAGAAUACCCAAAUGGUAUCGACGUUAUAUAUGAGACAGUGGGCGGGGACAUGUUUGACACCUGUGUUGAAAGCCUUGCGGUACAUGGCAGGUUGAUUGUUAUCGGGGUCAUUGAAAGCUACGAAUCGAAGAAGGACUAUGUGCUUCCUAAGGCUCUCGCGAAUCUGCCGUCAACGCUUCUAGUAAAGUCAGCCAGCGUGCGAGGUUUUUUCCUGAAGCAGUUUGGAAGUGACAUUGGUCCAUACAUGAAGAAACAGGUUCAGUACUUUAGUGAAGGAAAGCUGAAGAGUUUUGUUGACAAAGGGGAGGGAACUGCGUCAGGACCUUUUAUUGGUCUGGAAAAGGUUGCGGAUGCAGUGGAGUACUUGUACACGAAGAAAAGUAAAGGAAAGAUUAUCGUGCAGAUGUAGGUGGCUGUUUAAAUCGUAUCUGACAGCUAGCUCACGAAGAAGAUGAAAACCCAACAUUUAUAUUGGUGCAGAUUGUGCUUAAAUUAUUGAGUAUACAUUUAUGUAGUCUAUGUUUGUGAAAAAGUACACCCGGACCCGUAUUCACCAAUCCAGCGUUUUACUAAAAAAAAAAUACCCAAGACAUACAACUCCAGAUCUUGCAUAGAUGCAGACUAUCAAUAAUAUUUCUUCUAUACCAUUAUGAA